GUCCGGUUUCAGGGAGGAAGAUGGCGGCGACUAAUGGAACAGGGCUGCUGCUGCGCUUUUAAAACGGCAAAAAGCAGCUGAUGCUUCAUUUUGGCAGCUCAUUUAUUGAAAACGGUUCCCGGUACAUGCGAAGCGGGACUCUGCUCUCGGACUGAAGGCUGAAGGAUAACAUCUAACAACUGGUAAUUGAAAACCGAGAUGUGUUCAGCAAUAACCUUCUACAGGCUGGUUCCUGGACCCCUGCUUGCUGUCGUGGACUACCAACCUCCAGGUCCAACGAUCUGACAUCUGCACCACCAGUUUUCCUGGCCCAUGGACUUGACUCCAGCACCAGGCUUCAAAAGGAGGCCUGCUGCCUCCUCUUCCCCAGGUGGCGCUGGAGAGGCUGCCAGGAGCCCUCCUCCCUGCUCACCCUCCCUGUCGCUGUCGUCUCCUUCCUCUGAUCCGUCUUCACCGUUGUCUACAUCCUCCUCUGUCUGUGCCAACUUUUCGGCUUAUCAAAACCAUGUAAAAAGUCGGACCAGGGGGACAGAGGUGGCCAGGGUCUCCUCCACUUCUGCCUCUUUAGCUGCACAGUCUGUCUCCACACCUACGUCCAACACCACCUCUUCAGACUGCUUACCUCACACUUCAAUGCAGCCAAGUGUUGAUUGUGAAGAAGUGGGCCAGAAAAGGGAAAUGUACGAUCCUUUCAGUCCAACUGAUGGAGACAGAGAGGGAAGGGUGAAGGGAGAGGAAGGGGAAGGGGAGAAAUACGACCCUUUUGACCCCACUGGUUCCCCGGCAUCAGAUGUCGAUGGUGGGAGUGGAAACGUAAGGAUGGUGCAGAGAAACAGCGAGAGGGAGGAUGAGGAGAAGGAGGAAGAACCUCCCGAUUCCACUGACACCUUGACUGAGCCCUGCCUGCCCACUCAACUCCCUCUGAGGAGGAGGGUGGACUGUCGCUCCUCCAAAGCUGGAGGCCACAGCGAGAGUGGAAACUCUGACCUCUCUGAGAUAGAGGAGGGGGAGAUCGUAGGAGCGGCCGACAGAGAAGGGAUCAAUAAGAGGCCUGCUGAGGAAGUCCUCCCCCUGAGCUCUCCCAGCGUCUCCUUCUUUGGUUCAAAGCCAGAACGCAUCCUCCGGGUGCUGGACGAGGACGGCUUUGUGUCCGUGUGCACGGAGGGCAACUGGGAGGUAGACAGGGAGCUUGAGGAGGAGCCUGUUGUAGGAGUGGAGGAUCUGAGAAGGAAGCUGGUCAGCAGAAGGAAGGAAAGAUAUCUCUCCUUUCCUGCUUCUUCCCCUCUCUCUCCUCAGUUACCACCUCCCUCCUCUCUUCCUCCAGCCUCUGCCUCCUCCUCCCCCCUCACACCUUCAGUAGGGCAGGGUAGCAAGAGCCGCAAGUCUUCCAAGAGUUCCAAGGACUGUGACCGACAGAAAAGCAAAGAUAGGAAAGCAGGUGAAAAGGAGGUGAGAAGAAAAAAGAGAAGGAAGGGCAAAGAAGGGACUAAUGAAAGGAGUAAAGAAAAGGAGCGAGGACACAAGGCUGGGAAAGAGGUGAAAGCAAGGAAGAGCAGCAGGAGCAGCAGCCGGAAGAGAAAGAAAAGACAGCACAGCAGUCCAGAGGCAUCCCGAUCCUACAACUCUUCAGGAAGAAGCCACACUAGACGCUCCUUCUCAAGCCUUUCAGAAGAAAAGCACAGAGAGAGGGACAGAGAUAAGGACAGGGACAGAGACAGAGUUAGGGACAGAGACAGAGGCAGAGAGAGAGACAGAGAACAAAAUCGCACCAGUAGCCACAGAAGAGAUGAAAGAGACAGAGAUUCUAGCUCUAGAAAGAGGGAGAGGGAAAGGAAGGGAAGACAUCAUUCGAGCAGCAGAGAGCGAGGUCUUUCAAAGAGAUCUUCAGGAAGCAGGGAAAAGAGGGAGGCUGACCGAGACCGGCAGCACGAGAGGGAACGCAGGCGGGACGGUCGGCCUGUGGUCCCUCCAUCCAUCCAGGACCUCAACGGGUCUGACCUCUUUGCUAUCAAGCGAACCAUCACAGUCACAACUACCACAACCACCACCACUGUCCCCGGAUCCCCCAGACUGGCCCCGUCCUCUCCCCGAGAGCCCACACAGGACUCCGACAAGCCUCACAAGAGGAAGAAGAAGAGGAAAUGGCACUCGGCUGGAGAGGUGGAGGACCGGGAAAGUUGUCGCAGCCGAUCCCAGUCGCUCUCGCCGCCGAGGUAUCACAGCUACGAAUCAGACCGCUACUCGGACAAGUUAGAGAUCGAUGUGUUGUCUUUGGACGGUGAGGCUUUGGACUCAGACUACCCAUCUUUGGAGGAUACGCCUCCUGCUGCUCUUCCUCCGGAACCGCCUGUCCUCAGCCCCAAAACUAAAGCUACACCCAAGACUGGACAACAUCACCCCAAAAAAAAGUCUCGAACAUUAAAGAAAAUUGGCCAGUCGGAAUCCUCCUCCUCUUCCAAUAGAACCAAAAGCAAAUGCCUGUCCUCCCUGACGGUCACCUCAGGCUCGGGCUCUGUCCCAGCGGGCCUCCCUUCAGUGAAGAGAGCCCGCAAAAUGGGAAAGGACAAAGAGCGGGACAAAGGCAGCAGAAAGGAUUUGAGUCGUUCUGGCAAAUCCAAGAAGGAGAGUGGUGGCGGUCGGAAAGGUAAACUUCAGUCCAAAGUGUCAGUGCUGGUACGUGAGGGUGUGAGCAGCACUACAGGCGCUUCGGUUAGCUCUGGAAAGCUGGGCAUGGACCUCCUAGGUCCAGGAGGUACAGGAGGUGGUGCUGGGAGCUCAGUGGUGGGUGGAUCUAUUGCAGUAGUGUUUUGCAGAGACAAUGAGAGCAGGUCACCGUUCCUCAAACCGUGUUCAGAGCCGCUGUCGCUGAGCGGCCGCAGUAAAGACCUGACCGGCAUCGGGAAACGGAGCAGCAUGUCUGUACCGCCGUCAUCCUUAGCCGGUCCUGCAGGACUGAAAUCCAAGAAAACAAAACCCAGCUCCAUCACAUCCACCUCCUCCUCUGCCUCCUCUCCCUCGUCUUCUCUGGCAACCAAGCGACGCCGUCGCCUGGCCAAGAAGACCAGAGAAAAAGGCGGCGCUGCAGGCCUGGCGGCUGGAGACACCAGCCAAAUGAAAGCUAGGUCUGAAGGCUGGGGAGGAGCCUCCUUAGAUGUUCAGUCAGCUGUUGGAGAUGGAGGCAAGUCAGUCAGUCCACAUUCGGGCCAAGCUGGCCCUGCGCCCUGUUCUUCCUCCUCGUCCUCCUCCACCUCCUCCUCCACCAGUGUACUGCCUCCAUCCUCCUCUCCACCGCACACUCCUCCUCCAUCUACUGCUCCUCUGCGGGACAUGAGAGAGUCUUCUCCAGACUCUCAGACAGUGGACAGCAGCUGUAAGACUCCGGACCCUUUGUUUCUAGCUGAGGACUGUCCGAACCAGACCAGCCCGACUCUCCCAGCGUCCAGCCCGUCCAGCCUGUCCACCCCGCAGGGUGCUGGGCUCAGCAACGCCUUGUCUACUCCUACUGCCAAGCACUCGCCUCCAGAUGAUGCACCAAAAUCUCUGGCCUCACCUCCAAGCUCGUCCUCGUCUGCAGGCUGUGGUCUCACGUCUCUUUCUCUGCCCAUGUCUUCGUCUGACCCUUCCUCCUCCUCGUCGGUUUCCUCCUCGUCUGCUAGUAAGCCACCUCCUCCUCCUCCUCCUCCAGCAGCUCCUGCCCUCCCCUGGAGUCUGCAGACCGGGGUGGACUGCACAACUGGAGGCGUCUUAGCAUUGACUGCUCUGCUCUUCAAAAUGGAAGAAGCUAAUAUCGCUAGCAGAGCAAAAGCACAAGAGUUCAUUCAAGCGACCAGCCAGAUUCUCUCCCAGGCCAACCAGAACCAGUCCCAGCAGCAUGCUCCUCCUUCCUCGGCCUCCUCGUCCUCACAGUUGCCCCCCACUCCCUCUCUGCCUCAGCCUCCUGCUCUGAGCCCGGCCCAGUUCAUUCUCCACGGCUCCCUCCCGUUGGUUGGCUGCACCAAAACCCCCCCUUCUCACCUGCACCCCUCCAUAGCUGGUGGAUGUGCGCAGACGCCACCUACCAUGAUGCCUGUGGGGCUGUCGGGAGUGACUGGGAGCUCUGGUGAUACUGGCUGGGACACAGAGAGCAAAGACCCUGAUAAGUACCUGAAGAAGCUGCACACACAGGAGCGUGCUGUAGAGGAGGUGAAACUGGCCAUCAAACCUUACUAUCAGCGCAAAGACAUCAACAAGGAUGAAUACAAAGACAUCCUCAGGAAAGCUGUGCACAAGAUCUGCCACAGCCGCACUGGAGAAAUCAACCCGGUCAAAGUCAGCAACCUUGUGAAGCUGUACGUGCAGCGCUACAAAUACUUCCGGAAACACGGACGGAAGAUGGAUGAAGAGGAGAGGGAUGACAAGGAGCCGGGCGCGCUGCAUUCCUCUGCCUGAUGGGAGACUUUUUAUAAAUGUUCCGCCCUCCGCUCACAAUCUGGGCCUUCACAAAUGGUUUUUGCCCAAUAUUUUCUUUUUUUUUUUUCAUAUCCCAACCUGUCUAUACUUUUUUUUUUUUUUGGUCAUUUUGUGGAAGUCUUUCCCCUGAUCUCUUCAAUCUCACUGUAAAUAUGUCUCACAUAGAAAAAACCUCAUGAACACAAUGUUCAGGAGGCGGAUGCUGCCAUGCACACCUGUGAGCUCAUACAGUCCAGUAUACAACCCUGCAAUAAAUACUAAGUUUGUGAAGCUUAUAGUUUUUAGUUUUUGUUGACUGUAUCCAUUAGAGGUUUCGCAAUCGUGGUACUAAUUACAGGGCUAUUUUUUUAAUAGCAUUGGAUUAGAUGCUAGUUCGUCUCCCCAACCAAACCAUUUAUAUCAGAAUCCGAGCUGAGGGGAAACACGAUACACACUCUGAAACAUGUACAGUACUGAAGGACGCUACACACUACAGCAUCCCCCCCCGACUUCUCUGUGUCCGUGUCUUUGCAGAGGGUAUGCAAGCUGGACCGGUCAGUGAGCUGCACAGCUGAAUGAUGGUUCAGACACACUGACUUCUCAGUUCUUUUAUUUUGCUCUCUGUGUAAUGUAUGCAUGUGUUACUGAGGUUGAGAAAGUUACUAAAUCUCUUUAUAAAAUGACUUGACCAACAAAAUAUAAAUGUUGCUUGAAAACCAA